GCGCAUCACCUGACGCCUGCGCAAUAAGUCAGUCGGGUGUGUUGAAGCGGCUAGCUAGGCCGAGUUAGUCGCGGCGCCGCAUACUCUGGGCGUUUCAGUGCUGCGCGUCGCCGGGUCGUUACAGCAAGGCGCGUGGCUGCUUUGGUUCGCCCUACGCAAGAUCUGUGAGUAGCCACGAUGUCGAUCUUCACCCCCACCAACCAGAUCCGCCUAACCAAUGUGGCUGUGGUACGCAUGAAGCGCGCCGGGAAGCGCUUCGAAAUCGCUUGCUACAAAAACAAAGUCGUCGGCUGGCGGAGCGGCGUGGAAAAAGACCUUGACGAAGUUCUACAGACGCACUCGGUGUUUGUAAAUGUUUCUAAAGGGCAGGUUGCAAAGAAGGAAGAUCUCAUCAGUGCGUUUGGAACAGAUGACCAGACUGAAAUCUGUAAGCAGAUUUUGACUAAAGGAGAGGUUCAAGUAUCAGAUAAAGAACGGCACACGCAGCUGGAGCAGAUGUUUAGGGACAUUGCAACUAUUGUGGCCGACAAAUGUGUGAACCCUGAAACAAAGAGACCAUACACUGUUAUCCUUAUCGAGAGAGCAAUGAAGGACAUCCACUAUUCAGUCAAAACUAACAAGAGCACAAAACAACAGGCUUUGGAAGUGAUAAAGCAGCUAAAAGAGAAAAUGAAGAUAGAGCGUGCCCACAUGCGAGUUCGGUUCACCCUUCCAAUGAAUGAAGGAAAAAAACUGAAAGAAAAGCUCAAGCCACUGAUCAAGGUUAUGGAGAGUGAGGACUAUAGUCAACAAUUAGAAAUUGUGUGUCUGAUUGACCCAGGAUGCUUCAGAGAAAUUGAUGAGCUAAUAAAAAAGGAGACAAAAGGCAAAGGUUCGUUGGAAGUGCUCAAUUUGAAAGAUGUGGAAGAGGGAGAUGAGAAAUUGGAAUGACAUUCAUCAGUCUCUUCAGCUUUGAAACACUAAAACGUUUUUAUUUCCCACAGUCCUAUGUUCUUUCUGUGGCCUGCCAAACACUUGCUCAGACUAUUUUAUGUUUUCCAUGUUUAUUUUAAACAUGUACACAAAAGACUUUCCUAAUAAGCAUUAUAAUGUAAGGUUAAUAUAGUUUUAUAUAUAAAUUUAUGUUUUAGGUAAAAAUGAAAAAUUCAAUAUACAAAGUCCAGAGUUGCAUUUUGCUGCUGUCUCAUUCAUGCCUUUGUGGUUUUCCAAGGUAAAAGUUAUUUGAGGCAGCUCUUGUGGAUAAAAUGUUAAAUUUUGUACAUUAUAAUGUUAAUUUAGGGAGGAUAUGUGUAGACAGGGAGUGUUUGCUGAAAAAGAAAAUGUUGUAUUUCUACUUAAUGAAAUGCAUGUAUGGGGUAACUAUCGUGGCCUAAUAUAAAGAUUGGAUGAUGACUUCCUGAUUAUCUGAAAAAUAGAUGUGAUGACUGUGCAGCACUUAAAUAGUUUUCACUGAACAUGCUGUCAUAAACUAGAUUAUUCUCGGUAAACAAAAAGUCAUUUAUCUCUAAUCUUAAAGUUUAUAAUAUAUACUAAUAAAGCUGAAAUUAUAUGUAAUCAAUAAAACCACUAUAUUUUUAUUAAACUA